AUGGCGCAGCCGCGGGGCGGGGCCGCGGCGGUGCGGCUGCCGGCGAUGAACGCGCUGGAGAUCCUGCGGGAGACGGUGCGCGUGCUGCGCGCCGACCCGCACGCCUUCACCUACGUGCUCUUCCUCCUGCUCUGCCCGGCCUCCGGCUUCCUCCUCCUGUCCGCCGCCGCGCUCGAGGGCGCCGUCGUGCUGCCGCUCGCGCGCCGCCUCCUCGUCGCCGCCGCGUCCUCGGGGGUCCCCGUCACGCAUUUCGUCAAGCAGCUCGCGCACCACCUCGCCGCCACGCUCGUCGCGGCCGUCGUCUCCUUCCCGGCGCUCCUCACGCUCCUCCUCGCUGCCCGGGCCGCCGUCGCCUACACCGUGGCGGCCGUGUACGCCGGCAAGCCCCUCCCGGCCGCGGACCUCUCCCUCCUCGCGCGCCGCGCGUGGCCGCGCCUCGCAGCCACCUACGGCCUCUCGUGCGCCGCCGUCGCCGCCUGCCUCGCCGCCUUCCUCGCCCUCCUCGUCACCGUCUGCUCCACGCUCAAGUCCAUGCUCUACCCGCCGGACAUUGUCGUCUGCGCCGGCCUCCUCACGGUCCUUGCGUUCUCCAUCGUGUACGCGCACACCAUCAUAGUGUGCAGCCUCGGCGGAGUCAUUGCCGUUCUCGAGGACGUAGCCGGGGUCAAUGCGCUGCGCCGGUCGGUGCAGCUGAUGCGCGGCCAAACCCAUGUCGGUCUGCUCAUCUUUCUUGUGUCCACCAUUGGUCUGGCCUUCGUCGAGGGGCUGUUUGAGCACAGGGUGAAGACCUUGAGUUAUGGGGAUGGCUCAUCUCGGCUCUGGGAGGGGCCAUUGCUGAUCCUCAUGUACUCUUUCGUGAUGCUGAUAGAUUCGAUGAUGAGUGCGGUGUUCUACUUCACUUGCCGAUCAUCGAGCUUGGCAAUUCUGGAUGAGGAGGGCGGCUCAGUCGAGGAGAUUGAGAUGAUGAUGGAUGACAAGUCAGAUGCAGUGAGGUGA